UGAAAAUAGACUGGUGAAACGGUUUUUAAUAUUUUCAUUUUAUAUAAUUCACUUUGUAAAAUGGAACCUAUCGCAUCUAAUUUUUUUGAAACACCUGAAAAACCUAUUGAAGAAUCUGUACAUAUGCCUAAAAAACAAUUGGAUCGCCAAACGAAAGAAAUCAUAUAUAGAGUAUACUGUUUUUUUAAACAAGAGGCUGAAGACUUACCAGAAAUUAAAAAUUUUUUAAAAAGAACAAUGGAUGCUUGCGGCAUACCAAAAACUACGAUUUGUCGAAUUGUCCGGGAAGCGAAUGAAAUUGACUAUGUAUCAUCACCCACUAUAAAAACAAUGAACGAAGAAAUAAAAAACACGACGGAAAAUAUUUCCCAAGAGACACAACACCACCAAACACCUAAAAAACAGUUGCAACGACAAGCGAAAGAAAUGGCAUAUAAAGUGUAUACGUUUUUUAAAAAAGAAUCUGUUGAGCUUGUUGAGAAACCACAAUUUAAAAAUUAUCUAAAGAGAACAAUCAAAGCUUUAGGUAUGACGAAAUCCACAAUUUGUCGAAUUGUUCAAGAAAUGAAUAAGACUGGCCAGAUAUCUUCACCUAAGAGAAAUUUAAAAAAACUAAAAUCGACGAGUUUUCGCAUAAGGAUAAAACAAAAAGGAAAGGGCAACACGAAAGGAGAAACAAAAGAGAAAACAAAAAAGGAGAAAAAGCAAGUCUUCAAGGACGUGCCCAUGCUCGAGUCCGUUACUGUGUCUCACGCGACUGAAGUCACCCGUCCUUGGGUUUGAAUUAUGCAUCCAUGUUAACUACGGACACAGUGAUUUGGGUGAGAGCGAGUUGAAAGAUAUAUCAACAUCAUGUUGGAAUCGUGCCAGCGCUAUGUGCGAAAAAGUAUUUAAUAACCUCCACUUGGUGGAACAAAUUCGCAAUUAUAAUGGCUCUGGACAAAGAUGUGUGAGAAAUCGAGAAAAGAAUUGAUUAAAAACUCAAAACAUUGAUAUGACUUUUCAGUUUUCUUUAAUUCAUAGAUACGAUACAUUUUCAGUCAUUAUU